GGUCUAUCUUGGGUUAGUUAUAAAGACGAAGAAAAAAUAUUUGAAAUGGUUUAGAAACUGUGAUGGAGUGGAGUUUAGUCUGCUGCUUGACCAAACAACUAGCCACAAAAUGCUCAAGUCAGCCUACGUCAUCGAGUGUCGCUCUGGAAAAUUCCAACCUUGCAACCCCUUCCGCUUGAAAACAUUCCGCUAUGUUCUUUCCACAGCAGUUAGAACGGUGAGGUGAUUAGUAAAUCUUUCCCAAAUAGAGUGCGCCUUUGAGUGCACAUUAUGUGGUUUACAAACAAAGUUUAUCUUCAAUACACCGGAGUUGCAUUAAAACAGACAUUGUUUUGGAUGAGUUUACUGUUUACUGCAAGCAACCCAUACAAGCAGUAUGGAUAUAAUAGACCGUAUAAAAACAUAUGGAUCAUACUAAACACGCGAGAAAAUAAAUAUCGCGAGACCAGCAUACAUAACUUCUCCCCUACUUGUUAUUAGCAGCAUAAACAACCAGUGGUUACAGGCGGAGGUUAUUCUCUCAUUUAAAAUUAGUUGGGAUUUUGCUGUAUUUUUUUUACUAUGGAAAUUCUAGAGCUCUUACCAUCAAGCUUCGGAUAUGUCAUAUUUACAUACUUUUAUAGCUGGAUCAUGUUGAGUUAUCUUGGUAUUAAGGUUGGAGCUGCCAGAAAGAAAUACGAUGUGAAGGUAAGUACAUAACGUUUCUGUCUGAUGAUGAUUAUGCGAAAAUUAAAUAACUGCGCUGCAAUGCCAGAUAAGUACAUUUUAGCACUGUAAUCCGUCUGGAACAUAGCCUUCUUCUGUUCUAAUCCGAGUUUAUAUAAAAUAAUUCCAAUCCUGCUCAAAUUGGGAGCUUCAUUCAAUGUCAGUCACUUCUUGUCUUGACCAGACUUGAGGUGCUGUGUACUUGGGACUCAAGCAAAACACAUUGAAGUGAGCUUGACCUGCCCUAUGUAGAAAAGUCUGUUAUGCAAACACAAAAAUGUGUGCAUGAGAAAUACAGGUCACCUGAUGAUGCAGACUGUUGUAUAUGUUAAUGUCUUUGCCCUCUCCUCUUCCAUUAUGUCAAGUAUUAUGAAUCUUGUCUCCAAGAACCUGGCCCUAAUGCACCACAACUCCAUCCUAACAAUGAUUAUGCAGUUGUGGUAGACAGCUACUACUAUCCCUAUUGCUGGUACAGGGGCUCAAAGAAAAUGAGUAUUGCUAUGCCACUUCUCACUGACGUUUUCUCUCCUCCACUGGGCAGUACCCUACCAUGUACAGCGACAAGGAGCAGGUGUUCAACUGCAUCCAGAGGGCCCACCAGAACACACUAGAGGUCUACCCACAGUGGCUUGUGUUCCAAACCAUUGCAGCUCUUGUCUAUCCAGUACGUAUCUGCUUACACAAAUCAACAUUACCAGGUUACAUCACUUACAAUGCCACACACAUUGGUUGGAUUUAGUGUCAGUUGACAUUUGAGUGGUUCUUUCACAACCACAUUCAGAAACUAGUAGUCGACCAUUUUAACAUCCUCUAAAUCCUCUCCCAAAUGACUGCAUGCUACUACCUAGUUGAACAGCAUUAUUUUGUCAACUCACACACAGUGCACUAUUGACCUUAUCACUGUGUAAAUACUGAUAGAUAAACGCUUCUAAAGGAAGGUUUGUCACUAGUGUAAUUUUCGGAUAAUAAGUAAGCCAUGUGGGAGUGGCAUGCCAUGUUCUCUGGAUGAUCAUUGACAGCAUGUGCUGCACUUAUCUGUCGUCUUUACACAACCAACGACAGCACAUACCAAAAGGGGCCACUCCCCACUGGUGUUGUGACAAUGAUUCAGCAUCUUCUCCAUUUGACAGUUCACUGGCUGUUGCUCUCUGUCCUACUUCCCUCACUCUGUGUUUUCCCCUUUUUCCUGUUACCCAACCACACAUCACUCCACCUCUAAGACUUCUGCAGCUGUGCUGGGAGCCAUCUGGGUCACCAGCAGGUUCUCCUAUGCCUGGGGUUACUACUCAGGAGGUAAGACCAUAUCUUGUAGUGACAUUGCACAUUACAUUUACAUUUUAGUAGACGCUCUUAUCCAGAGCGACUUACAGGAGCAAUUAGGGUUAAGUGCCUUGCUCAAGGGUACAUCGACAGAUUUUUCACCUAGUCAGUUCGGGGAUUUGAUUCAGCGACCUUUCGGUUACUGGCACAACGCUCUUAACCACUAAGCUACCUGCCACCCACAUCAUGACAUCAACACAUCUCUUAUCUUUUUUUAUUACUUUUGAGCCAGUUUCCAUUCAAUAAUUCACAAACCGGGUCACAGGGCAUGAGGGGAAAAAGGUUAAACUCCCAAUGCACUCCUUGUAGAUUAUAUAUGCUUUUAGCAACUAUUUAGUAUUUCAACCAUAUCUGCAUUUUAUCAUUAUUCAACACAAGGGUAUACCAUUAUGAAAAUUAGUACUACAGCUGUAUUUUAUGAAAAUGUAAUGUGAAACAUGCUGAAAUAUCCCCACAUUCUGCUAAAUGUUAGCAGGUAAUGAUUAGAAUAAUCACUCUUAUUCUGCAUUUUAUAAACGGCUGUAAACUGUAAGAAGUCUCCCCCCCCAGAUCCAGCCAAGAGGAUGAAGGGUGCCUAUGGAUACAUUGGGUAUUUUGGAGUCAUCAUUCUUUCCAUUGCAGUGGCUUUGCAAUUGCUUGGAGUCUUGUGAACCAGCUGGUUCUGUCCCCUAUUCGCCCUUUUUACUAAAGAAACGUAUCUCUUACAGUGGCUUGUGCCUUUUUAUUCAAACAGCCACUAUGAUAUCAUCUAGCUGAACAAUAUAUUAUUUUCAAUUAUGAUAGUCUUUAAUUGCUGUCAUCUUACAAGUGUGUAAACAAUUAUAGGCCUAUGUUUUACUGCAACACAAUUUAGUUUUGUUAGGUGAUACUGUGAGGAAUAUUGAUUAUGAUUUGGCUUUUUUUAUAUGAUUAUCAGGCAUUUGUUGUAACCUUUCAUGCCCAUGUACUGACAACGCUAUGUUAAUAAAGAUGAAUGUAAACAUUGUCAGAAAA